AUGGGAAUAGUAGGAGAGUAUGAAAUAUUAGAAACUCUAGGAACUGGUGCAUUUAGCAAGGUAAAGUUGGUGCGGCACCUACCCACGAAUGUGUAUUUUGUUGCCAAGAUCAUCCAGAAGAGCAAUCAACAGGUAGAAACGGAUGUCAGACUGGAAAUAUCGAUCCUUCGGAGGUUGAGACAUCGCAACAUUGUGCAACUAAUAGAAAUUUUGGAAAGUUCUAAUAACUAUUACAUCAUACUGGAACCCGUCCUUGGUGGCGAUGUUUGCAGUCUUGUAUUGUCCCAAGAGGGCGGCCUUGCCGAAGAUUUUGUUGCCAACCUUUUCUUCCAGCUCGUGGCAGGGUUGCGUGCAUGCCACCAAAAUGGAGUUGCUCAUCGAGACUUAAAGCCGGAAAAUUUGCUGUUAACUGGAGAAAAAGUACUGAAGAUAUCAGAUUUUGGGUUAAGCCGCCUGCACAAACAAAGUAAUUUCCAUGCGGAAGCGGAAGAAUAUGCUCAUACUCUUACAGGCACUUUAGCGUACGUUGCGCCUGAAGUCCUUGAUGGAAAUUAUGAUGCAUUUAAAGCAGAUAUAUGGUCAAUUGGAUGUAUACUUUAUGUUAUGCUUACGGGUCAGUUCCCCUUCGGCCCCACAACCGAUGCUUGUGAGCUCGGUGAGCGAAUAAAAGAUGGCAGGGUCUGUGAAAUGCCCAAGUCAGUUAGUGAAAAUGCACGGGAGUUGACAAUGUGGCUAUUGUCCCGUGAUCCGGCCAGUAGGCCUUCACUGGAUGAGGUGGCAACUCACGCAUUUCUUAGACAACAUGUCCCUGCGAAGAACAUUAUGGCACUUACACGUAGUAGACAAGCGAAAAUAUUGGCGCCCGACCCCUCAGAAUUUAGUAGCGCAAUACCGGAGGAGAAACAAGUUGCAAACAGCUAA